AUGCCUCGCAGAAAGCGCAAUUCCCAAGCCAUCGACCCAGAGUCGCCCUCCCAUGCGGAGGGAUCUGUCGCGCGGGUUGCCUCACCGGACGCCGCACCACUACCAGAUCGACCCCGAAAGCGCAACAAGACUUCGGGAAAUGCCCCAUCACGUGCUACCAGAUCUCGACAUGUGCAAGAGCUUCCCGCCCCUGAGGAUCUUGCAGGACAGGGCGAGGAUUGGACUUUCCUGAAGGAUAUCAAGGAGGCUAGAUACGAGGCGAAGCCACCAAGCGAAGAAGCUCUCGACGGGAGCCAAGGCGAGCCCUCCGAACUCUUGUCGCAUUCCCAGAUGGCUCGUAUUGGCGAUGCUAGGACCUGGUAUGGCGGGAAAUGGUAUAUCGGCGGCAAGGAGCAUACCAAAGCCGUGAAGGUGCAGAACAUCCGCGAUGCUUUCAAAAUGCCCGCCAGAGAAUGUGGUUGA